AUGCUGACAGAUUAUAUUAAGCCAGUAGAGCGUAUAUUAAGUAAGGAGGAUCUAGAUAAAUGGAUUGAUUCCGAAACUUUUAACUCUGUCCUUGAUUUUAUAAAGGAACUACAGGACCUGGUGGUAGGACUUACAAAUGAUGCGACAGUAGAAGGAUCUGAAAGUACGGAAAGGCUAAUGAAGGCACUCGAUAAGGUCGAAGGGAUUAUUCAGGAGAAUCCUGUGGUAGUGGAAAAGGAUAUUUCGAGGUUUGGAAAAGUUGAAUUUCAUGAUUUCUAUGAUCAGGUGGGUCAGCAAAUGCAGAAUAUACUUGGCCCAGUGAUAGAACAAAUGUAUCCCGAUAAAGCUCCCUUAGUGGAGCUAGCUGUUUACUUUAAUGAAUCAUGGGGUGAUAGGUCAAGAAUUGAUUAUGGAUCUGGCCAUGAAUUGAAUUUUAUCUGCUUUCUAUUAUGUCUACAAAGACUAAACAUAUUUGAGAAGAAGCACUAUUCAUUCGUAGUCUUGAAAGUGUUUACAAAGUACAUGCAAAUAAUGAGAAAUUUGCAGAAGUGCUAUUGGUUAGAGCCGGCUGGGUCGCAUGGAGUAUGGGGAUUGGACGAUUAUCAUUUCUUGCCAUUUCUAUUUGGAGCAUCGCAAUUAUCAACGCAUCCCCAUUUGAAACCAAAACUGAUUCAUAAUGAAGAAAUGGUUGACUGCUUCUACCAAAAAUAUAUGUAUAUGGAAUGCAUUCAUUUCAUUAACAAUAUCAAGACAUUACCCAAAAAUCAAACGCAUAAGUUGAGCUUAAGGUGGCAUUCACCUAUGCUUGAUGAUAUCCUGUCUGCUAGAUCUUGGGCGAAGAUCAAGGAAGGAAUGAUCAAAAUGUAUAGGGUUGAAGUACUUUCCAAGCUUCCAAUAAUUCAGCAUUUCAUGUUUGGUAGCUUAAUUCCUUGUCCGCCUGGAGUAAGUGAACAUCAGGAUCAUCCACAAGAUGAUGGGAAUUGUAAACAUGUCCAUGACUUAGAAUCUUUGAAUACUUGGGGAGAUUGCUGUGGAAUAAGAAUUCCCAGUGCAAUAGCAGCUUCCGAAAGUCUUAAAAUGAAAAAUCAAAUACCAUUUGACUAA